UAUGAGCGAGGAAAGAGAACUACAACUCCCGGCAGCACUUAGAGCUUCACCGGCCUCCGCCUCCCUCAGCUGGCUUGAAGGCUGUUAUUGUUGUUACUAAAAGAUUAGUGGACCAGCUGGUUGCUCUCUGGACUUAUACCACAUAUGCCUGGUUGAUUUACAAGGAGUUUACUGCCCAAGUUACUGAGAUGGAAGAGGCGCAGUCGCACCCCAGUGUACUUUUCCUGAAUGUGGCCUCAAGUUACAUACCCCACACCAAGGUGGAGUGCCACUACAAUCUGCAACCUGGCAUGAAGCCAUCGACCAGAGAUUGGAUUGGGAUCUUUAAGGUGGAUGCUUCUUCAGUACGUGACUAUUAUACCUUUGUGUGGGGCAUAAUUCCAGAUGGUGGAGCUUCUGAAGGAACCUUUCAUUGCAGUGUCCAGUUCCAAGCCAGCUACUUGCCUAAGCCAGGUCCACAGCAAUAUCACUUUCGUUAUGUGGAUCGCCAUGGAGAGAUGCGUGGCCAAAGUUCUCCUUUCCAGUUCAGAGAACCCCGUCCCAUGGAUGAGCUCGUCACUCUAGAGGAGGCCAGCGAUGACGGAGGAGGAACUGACAUGCUGCUGGUAGUUCCCAAGGCCACUUUGCUGGAGACUCAGCUGGAAGAGAGUCGUCAGGAACAAGGAGCCCUGUUGCGUGAAUCCUGUCGCCUGAAGGAAGAGGUUCAAGAACUGAGAAGCCGCGCAGCCGAUCUAGAAGCAGCACUGAGCUCCUUACGUGACGAGCAUACCAAGCUGGCUGCACAAUAUAAGGAACUGUCAAAUUCUUACACAGAAAUCUCCAAGCAGAGAGAGACUUUAAACGUUCAAGAAACUGAGCACUUGGCCCGAAUCCAGGAACUGGAGGGCGAUAUCCAAGCAAUGGGAGAGAAGAUGCUUCAGAGGGAGACGGAAUUAGACAGGUCAAGGCCAUGUCCAAGAGAGCACCUCAAGGUGAAAGACACAGUGAAGUCACUUCUGAGGGAGCAGGAACACAUCCACCAUCAGCUCAAAGAAGAGAAUGCUGAGAAAGAGCAGUACCAGGUCAAGCUUCAGGCUUCCAAGGAGGAGAGCCGUAGCCUGGCCUCCGACUUGAAAGAAGCCAAGAGUCGUCAUGGUGAGAAAAUCUCCCAGGCUCUCAUGCUGCAGGAGGAUAUUCAGAAGUUGCAGCAGAAGCUAGCUGCUGCUAACUGCCGCACAGCACAGAUGGAGUCCUUGUGCGAACAGUUACGCACCACACAGGACAUCCUGGCUGCCAGUCAGCAAAAAGUGGCACUCUUAGGGGAAGAGCUAGCCAGCGUGGCCUCCAUCCGAGACCGCACAAUCUCUGACCUCCACAAGAGCCGCCUUGAGGCGGCUGAGAUCAACAUCAAGCUUGCUGACAUGACCCUCAAGUGGAAAGAAGGCAAAGGCCACUGGUGGAAGGAGAAAGCCAUGCUGCUGCAGAAUGUAGAGGCAGAGAAAGAUAAGAUCCUGAAGCUGAGUGCUGAGGUUCUCCGUCUUGAAAACAGCUUGCAGGAAGAACGGGCACAGCGCCAGGUGUUACGUAUGGAGUUGGCACAGGAACGGGAUGCCAGUCUGGUUCAAGUUUCCGAGAGCCGCCGGGAGCUACGGGAACUGCGCGCUGCCCUGCAGGUUGCCCAGAAGGAGAAAGAGCAACUGCAGGAUGAAAAACAGGAGUUGCUGGUAUACAUACGCCGCCUUGAAGAACGUUUGGAGAAAGUGGCAGAUGAGAAAUGGAGUGAAUCAGUUCUGAUUGAUAAUGAAGAGGAGAGAGCUCUGGAUACUCCUGGCUCCCUGGACUCCCCAGUGUCUGAUUCUGAGGACGAAUGCCCUGAGGACAUGCGCCUGCCUGCUCAGCUCAGUUCUUACAGCCUGUGUGACACCCGGGCAGUGACCACCACACCUCCCUGUGCCCAUGGGCCAUCUCACACAGUGGUGAUCAGCCAGCCUGCUCCUAUUGCUAGUCAGAUCAAACAACCACCGGAGGAUUCCAGUUCUGACUCGGAAGCUGAAGAUGAGAAGGUGGUUCUGAUGGCAGCUGCCCAGAGUGGUGGUGAAGAAACCAAUCUACUCCUUCCAGAGCUGGGCAAUGGCUUCUGUGAAAUGGCCAGUGGGCUGACAGGGCGGCAGAUGUCAGAAUCAUCCGGAAUGGGUGCAUCUCCCUUGGACCUGCCCUCACCAGACUUUUGGAAAGAGUGUCCCAUUUGCCACGAGCGCUUCCCGCCUGAGAGUGACAAGGAAACUGUUGACACGCAUGUUGACGGGCACUUCUUUUUCAGCACCCAUGACCCCUUUACUUUUGAAUAAGCUUCUUGUCCCCAACACCACCAUCAUGUCCCCUUGUUUUCCCCUCUCCCAUUUCAGUAGGAUGCAGGCUGGUUCCUUCCCUCUAUUCUUGCUUCCAUAAAGAGUUUCUUAAGAAGAAUGAAUUAUCCUAACACAAUUGGGUGGGUGGCUGUAAAAAGUGGUUGUCUUCCAGGGACCCUUUCCAAAGCCGAAGAGUCAGAGCCAUCUUGCAUCAGGAGUAAUAUCCUCAGGGAUGGGAACUAGGUGAUAUUAAACUAUAGUAGGAUGGGCUAUGUAUCACCACAGAGUGAUAGUUGUCCAGGCACUUUGUGUGAUCUUCUACAGAUAUCCACAAUGACUUUGCCUCCCUGUUUGCCUGCCCAUUGUACCAGUACUACAGAAUUCAUGAAAAUGCUUGUAUCUACAAAACCCACCAGACAUAUGUAGGUCCUCCCUGUGCUUAUACCCGGAAGCUUUAUGGUCCCUAGGCCUUGCAAGGAAGUCAGCUGUCCAGUAACCAUCAGAUCUCCUCACUGUGGAAGGUAAUGAUACUCUGACAUUUGCCCUGAAAGGACUCUGUAGACUUUAUAGAAAAUCGGGAGCAAUUGCAACUGAGAUAUGAUAAUAGCACUUAGACUUAUAUAUUGCCCCAUAGUGCUUUACAGCUUUAUAGCACUCUCUUGGGUUGUUUACACAGUCAGCAUAUUGCCCCCCCCCCCACACCAAUCUGGGUCCCCAUUUUACCGACCUCGGAAGGAUGGAAGGAUAAGUCAACCUUGAGCCUCAUCAGGAUUGAACUCCAGGCUGUGGGCAGAGUUUGCCUGUAACAUUGCACUCUAACCACUGCACCACCAGGGCUGCUCAUUAACAAGCAAAUGGAGACAGAGAAGAGGCUUCAGUUGCCUUAUCAGUAGCAGCUGUAUUGAGAUGAAUGGAAAAGGAAGGCCUUUAAAAGUUAUGUAGGUAUUGAGGCUCCAGUCAACCAUGAGGCACCAAUUUGCUUUUCCUAUUAUAAGGAUUUUACUGAUCCCUGGCUGAUUUACUGAUUCCUUGUGGCUGAUUUCAGCUGGAAUCCAGCCAUAGCUGGGGAGUUACAGACUCUGUAUCCCUGGAAUAAACCCAAAGUCAGUAUUUGAGAAGUUCUCAAAUUAAGGAUAUCAAUUCCUUGGUUAUAAAUAGUUAGCUGAAUUUAUAUCUACAAAACAAGUGUUUGGGGAAAGCACUUGGGGGCAAAAAUGUUUAGAGGGUGCUUCUCUCUCUUUUCAGUGUUAUACAACAGCUCAGUAACAGAUGAAAGCUCACCUAUUGCUUAACUCCUCAGUAUGUAAAUAGAAAGAAAACAAAUGAAAUGCAAAGGAAUGGAUUGUCUAUUUAUUGGUUUAGUUAUUGGUAUCUCUUCCAAUAAAAUCCUCAAGGGAUUUUAUUGCUUUAUAUUUAUAUAUUAUACAGCAUUGUAUGUGGGCUUUUAAAAAUAAAAACUAAAGCAACCAGACUAGCAGACAUGUAAAUUAGAAUAAAACAGAGAACAGAUUCCAUAAAAUCUCUUUCUGCAUGUCUCAUCACCACGAGGGAACAAAAUUAUACAAAUUCCCAGGCAAGGUUGUUUUUCUCCCUUAAACAUGAUCAAUAACUUUCCUAAAUGAGGCUAUUACCUUUACACAAAUAGCAAAAGGCAAGAUUAUUCUGUUAUAAUUCCUGUUCUCAAAUAUUCCAAUGAUAUUUAAACUGGAGAAGGCGGGACAAAGACAUGACAGUAAUGUACAGUAACUGCCACUUCUCUCCAGGAAUGGAAAGUGGUGGGGAAGGAUAUUCGUAAGAGAUACCCUUAAAUUAAAAAUGAAUUCAAGUGGUUUCAAUCAAGCUAAUUUUCUUUAUCUCCCACCAGAAAAGCAAUGGGUGCAUUUUCCUUCCAAAAGAAACCAAAAUGAAUAAAGAGCAGAAAAAAAUAGCAUUGGCUAUUGCACAACAGAGAACCUUGCAACAUGUAAUUAAUUGAUCAAAUAAUUCACUCUAAGAAUUAGCAACAGGAAUAGUAUUUUGCCACGAUAUUAGUAUUAUUAAUAUUAAGCAGAAAUACAUAUAUUUUUGAGGUAGGGACAAUGCAUCUGGAGGAAACAUCAAAGCAUGCUUAUCUCGAUGCUACGGAUCGUAACUGUGCAUAAAUGUGCUUUGGCUCCAGAUUUCCAUUUCCUCACCAUAGCAUAAAUUAGGCUCAUUAAGCAAGUCAGCUCAUACUAACAUAAAUUAUGCUUCCAGAAUAAAUGAUAGCAAAUGUAUCUUGUUUCAGAUGAAAAACCAAAUUAAAUUACUACAAGCUAUAGAGUCCCAGGUUAGCUUAAUUACUCGAUUUAUAUUUAGCACAAAUAUAUACAAUACAUUAUAUUAGCACAAAUGUAUACAAUAGAUUUAUAUUAGCACAAAUUUCAUCAUAAAUAGCACAAAUCCAAUACAGCAAAGAAUGUCGAUAGCAGAAAAAGGCAGAAACUGGAGCUAGACGAUGUGAACAGCAGGAAUGUUUUACAAAUAGCCAAAGAAGAGUGCCAAUACCAACUGCAUAGUAUGCAGAAUCCCAUCAAUUAGAGCAGUGUUUCCCAAACUUGACAAUUUUAAGGCAUGAGGACUUCAACUCCCAGAAUUCCACAGCCAGCGUUGCUGGCUGUGGAAUUCUGGGUGUUGAAGUCCUCAUGCCUUAAAAUUGUCAAGUUUGGGAAACACUGAAUUAGAGUAAAAGAAACCUUGCAAGUCCUAUUCAGAUUCUUUUGCCUUAAAGUCUAGAAACAUGGGGAUUUAUUUAUUUUUUUGCAUUGUAUCUGCAGUUCUGAACUAUUGGGAAUGUGUAGUUACUCCCUGACACGUGAUUUAUAAUUCAAGGCUUCCUCCCCCUUCAGAUCAUAGCCUUUGUUGCAAAUCUGAGAUAAGGGGCUGGGGAUGCAGCCAUAUGCAAUGCUAGUUCUGACCGGUAGGAGUAUAGAAGCCCACCCACGAUUAUCUUUCUUCCAGUACGAUUCCCUCCCUUGGACAAUACCUGCAGCUAAUCCCCCCAUGGAGGCAUAAUCUGAGGUUUUAGCGAUGGGCAGCGCCAUUUUACACUGCAAGUGAGGGAACCUGCGUUCACAUGUUCCAAUGUGAACAAAUCUCCCUCUGUGCAAAAUAAUAAUAAUGGCAAUUCCCAGUGUGACAGUGGGGGAGGCUCUAGGAUAAUGUACCUAAUAUGUUGAUGUAAAGGGAGUUUGGAAGAGCACUGGAACCUGAGACAUGGCUUCAGUAACGUGAUCUGGUAUUUUGUAGAAGAAGCUGUCAAUCAUGACAGCGCUGCAUGAGUCAGUGAGAGCCAAGAAUACCAGAAGAGACAAGGAUCCAUGGCUUUACAUUUUGGAUUGAAUAAGUGCAAGGGGGCAAACAUGAAGGUGGUUCUCAACCAGCCACAGUUCCUUAAGUAGACUUGGUUGUUUUUUUUCCUCCUCACCUCUUUCCUUAAGUUGCUCUUUCCCAAUGCUGAGCUGAGUAUUGCUUCUUUCUCAACUUGCUGCUUUGUGACUACUGAUAAACGUGUCUCCUUUCUGUGAGAUUGAGCCUCUGGCUUUAGUUGCCUCUCCUUUGACAUCCUAGCCCUUGUAUAUAUCCUCAGUUUCCCCAUUUGCUGAGCUUUGCAUUUGCUUUCUUCUAAUUGUGGAGUGGGGUGGGCAGGUUGCGGUUUCUUUUUGCUUUUGCCUUUUGACCUCUCAGUUGAGUCACAAGAGAGGAAUGUAAGAUCCAGGUCCUGCUGUAUCCAUACAGAAGGAGAGAGACACACCUCUCUAGGGACUGUGUCUUUCGAAGAUAUAAUGCUACAAAAUGCCUCUUCAUGCCUAUCAGAACCACUAGAUGAUAGCAAAGGGUUAGAGUUUUCUGUAUCUUUGCUGCCAUCUAUCGGACAACUAAACACUUACAGCACAGGUUUGAUAGCUAUACAUACACAUUUUUGUGGAAAUCCUAUUCAUUGUUACCCGCAUUCAUGGCUUUGUGUUCUCAUCUGUUUCUUUCCUUUCCCUAAAUGGUUAGGUUUUUUUUUAACUAAAUAUAAUAGCCGCUCAAAGCAAUAAUCACCCUUUUCCCCCAGCCUUGACCUUUCCCCAAGUCUAUGUAUAGGGUGUAUAUAUAUAUGUAUAUAUUUAUAUUUAUAUUUAUAUGACAUGUUGCAGCUAUUCUAAUAAAAUGCGGUCUUUCUGCAA